AUGGAUGAUGGACAUAGUGACGUGGCAUCAAGAUGGUGUCCGGGUGCCAGCGAUGCUGUUCCUGUUGUUAAUGGGAGAGGUGCUUCUGGCUGGUCGCGGGCAAGCCCCCGUCCCGUUUCCAGCCGCGGGCAGACCCCUCCCCGGUUCAGACCGCCGCAGAUGUGGGCGAAACGGCUCGAGCUUUGCUUCUCGCUGCUCUUCGUCGCUUCUUAUUUCACCAACAAGUAUGUCCUUUCGAUAUUGAACUUUACUUAUCCAACACUUUUUCAAGGAUGGCAAACAAUCAUGGGAACUAUAUUAUUUCAGGUAGCCUGGAAACUGGGCUGGCUGGAGAUGAGAAGAACAUUUUUAUGGUCUGCCAAGGUGUCCUGGUUGCCUGCUGUAUUCAUGUUUGUUGGUAGUAUCUAUGCAGGUUCCCGGGCACUGUCCAAAUUGCCUAUUCCCGUUUUCCUCAUGCUUCAGAAUACGUCAGAGGUCACUGCUAACCUAAUCCUGAAAAUUGCCAAAAAAGAGAAGCUGUCUUGCACUAUAACCAGCAGCAUGCUGGUGAUUUUCACAGCUUCUGUCUUCUUACUGUGGAAUAUCUUUAAGUAUGAAUCAGGCAGCUUCUUCUGGGCAGUGACACAUGUUACUUGUGCUGGUGGAUACAAAGUAUUUCAGAAGUUAAAGUCUUGUGCACUAAGUGAACUUGAGCAACAGUACCUCAGCUACCUUUACAGUAUGGUGUUUUUGAUCUGUGCUGCUUACCCUUCAGGUGAUGCCUUUGAUGCCCUGACGUUUCCAUUCUUCACCUCUUACCAAUUUCAUAGUGGUUGUUGUGCCAGUGGUAUCCUGGGAGUGUCUCUGCAAGUGGUCUCUGUGAAGUUGAAGAACUGUGUGUCCACAGUGUGGUAUAGUUCAUGGAUGCUGGUAACAAAGAUUUUAGCUGCAUGCAUGUCAUUGGCUGUCUUUCUGACGGAUUUAAAUAUUACGACAAGUUGCUGUCUCGUAUUGGGAGUACUCGGAGAAGCCAUACUUAUUUAUACCUCGAUGAAUGGACCAGAAGUGAAAGGAUGAGGACAGACCCAGAAUGUUUGCCUACAUCGAUCUCUCUCUCUCACACAAACAUUCUGACUGAUCGUCGGUUUUAAAGGAAAAGGAAAUGAUGUCCUGUGCAAGAGUAUUUUCUGCUUCCCAUUGUUGCUUUACACAGAUCCAUGCCUUACGUAGAUACAUAUUUGCCUAAAGUAGAUCUCUCUCUACCACGAUGUUUGACCCCCAUUUCACAGAUUUUAGCUUCCAUUGUUCACCUAUUAAAGUGAUGAGGGUGAUUGAAACAUCAAGGUGAAUGCAGAAGUUUGGAGAUAGUUUGGAUGUUCCAGUGCUCUGCAGUCUCCCGACAGGAUUCUGGGAGGCAGAGGUAACAUGUGAACUUCGUAGCAGGCGGGCUGCAGGACAGGGCGUAAGCCGAUAUCCGGUUUCAUUUUGCUCAUUAAAGCUUCCAUUGUUCACCAGUUAAAGUGACAAGGGAGGCCGUAGCAUCGAAGCGAGUGCAGAGGGUGAGUGCCGGCUGCUUGCCUUUUGAUUGGUUGUUCUGUACUGGAGAGAGGAGAGCCUACGGAUGCACUCGGAAGAUGUUGCCCAGGUUAUUUCUGUGUUAUGGAUGUAGACUUGAACUAUAGACUUUUUUUCAGUCAUAUAGCUUUUAUAUUCUGUGUUUUUCCCCGAUUUUCUCAGUUUAUUUUUCCAGCGCAGAGGAGGAUUUGGAGCUUGAUGUGCCCGAUCUGUUUUGCUUGGCUUUUGUACAGGAGGAGGGAUUUGGGGGAUAAUGUACCUGUUCUGUUUCUGUUUGUUUUUUUGGCAGGGAGGUGGGAUUUGGAGGUUGAUGAUCGUGCUGCCUUUCUUUUCUUUCUUGGUUUCAUGUUUACCGGGAGAAUUGAAGAAUUUCAGAGUUGUAUACUUUGAUAAUAAAUGAGUCUUUGAACUAACCAAUGGUAUUAAAGGGAAGGAAAUUA